AUGGGCAAAGGCGACUACGUCCAGUUCGAACUUGUUCCCAUGGGAGAUGAAUCUAACAAUCCACAACAUUUCAAGUAUGGGGAAUAUCCCCCAAAUGUCGAAGUCGAAGGGAAAAGAUAUUUAUAUGAUCCAGUGCCAAUGGAUGUCGCGAUAGAUGGGAUCGACUUGCCGCAUCUAACGCGACCUGAUCGGCGGCACCGCACCAAGUACUGGGUCACAAGGUUUCCAAAAAAGCUUCGAGGCCGGUUAGAACGCGGCGAAGAAGACAGUGGCAUUGUCGUCGGGUGGGGCAUCCGGAUUCACGAGCGCCUUAAAUGGCACCUGGCUUUUUCCCUUCUUCUCGUAAUGCUGUUGAUUAUCUGGGCGAUCGUGGCCAUUUAUCUUGCAUGCAAGUCUGACGACUCCUCGGGCUUCGGCUUGGGGGCUUUGCUUGCAGCAUUUGCAGCAGUCUAUCUGCCUCUACAGUAUCAAACUUGGAAGGAGAAGCUUGGUUGA